CAGUUCAGUUUACACAAUUUCACACAAUUGCGCAUCAGAUAAGUAAAAAGCUCGCAGACUUCUGUCCUAUGUGUACAAAACAUAACCCGAGAUCCGUACAAUAUUUGUGUUAUACUUAAAAAUUCCAAUUUUAAUACUUAGAAUAGUACAUUUUUACGUUACUUUUAUAAAAAUUGUAUAACUGUCUGAAGACAAUGAAAUACAGUAAAAUAUGCAGUUGAAGAUUAUAAGAAAACAGCUCUAUUUUAAAGAAAGAAAUUCAUUACAUUUACGCGAUUCUAAUCGACCAAGUGCCAAAGCCGAAAAUGUUUUCUCCCAGGAAAUUCGAUCCUGAGCUCGAAAAGCUAAGGGAUGAAGUUAGUGGUCCCCCAAAUUUAGACACAGUUUUGUUACGCAUUCAGAAACUUUCGUCUCAAGUCCAUGCUUCUUAUCUCUUUGAGAAUGAAGGAAAACCUAUUUUGCAAAAACUAUGUUUGUUACUCAGUGCAACUUCCACAGGAAAAAUGUACGCCGACUGGAAAGACUUUGCAGCGCACUUGGGUCUCUUGGGAGAGCAAAUACGAUGCAUAGACCACGACUUCAAAGGAUUAGAAGAUCCGACAUAUUACGUUUUACUGACAUAUGUACAAUCUCCUGAAGCGACACUUGACAAAAUUCUAACAACGUUGACCAAAAUAGAGCGAAUGGAUAUUAUCAACCGUAUUAAAGACUCUGUAACUGAUUUCAUUGGCAAUCUAUUUUCCAAUAAAAGCACAGACCACAAUAUGGAAAUACUUCGACCAAAAAUUACUCCAAAAGCACCUUUAGUUUUAAGUCCAAUGUUGCAAAUUAUUGUGGCUCCCAAUGAACUUAUAAAUACAUCACAAGGUGUUUCACAUAUCACACGAAAUGAUAAUAAGAGGAGAAACACAUGUCCUAUUUAUGGAAGUGUUGUAAUUUUGACUUUUGCCAAUGAUGGAGUUGAAUGUGCAAAUAAAAUAACAAAAAUAUUUAGAUCUACGGUCCCAAAAAUCGGAGUACUAAUGCUCAACGAACAAGAGAAAUAUGUUUAUAGCAGAGGAAUCGAAUUUGUGGACGACUGUUUUAAACAAGUUGACUACAUAAUCCCAAUCUUAACAAAGGAUUAUAUUAAGCAAAUAAAUAGCCCUGUUAACUUGUAUAGCCACGGAAACGGUACUCUUGAUACUAAGUACCUAAAAUAUAUGUAUUCGUUACUAAGGUACGAGUAUAUAAGGCAAGACUGUUGCAACAGCAGGGUUAGAUGUAUUGUUCCAGACAAUGAAAUGAAGAAUAUUGUGAAUUCGGAUUUACAUCCCACUUUGCAAGCCUGGUUUAGGGAAAGUGAUAUUGAAGUAUUUACUGAACGUAUUCUUCUGAAGAAGUUUUGAAACUUUUCUCAAAGGGCAUAAUAUGAAUAUAUAAUUAUUUUAUUGACAUUAAUAAUUUGUUAUUAAGAGUUUUCAAUAAAAUGGUAGUCGACGAAAUGUUUCAAGCAAUAGAUAUACGACAUAUUAUUAGUUAUGGAAUAAAAUAAAUCUGCCUUCUUAUA